GAAGUGGAAAACAAGCAUUGCAGAGCAAUGAGAAAGAGGGAAAGAAGGAGCGAGCGAUGGUGGACAGAGUGUUCAUUGCAAGAAUAUGUAGAAUCCUGAAAAUAAUGGUCCCAAGAACAUUUUGCAAAGAGACAGGUUAUUUGCUGCUCAUUGCUGUCAUGCUGGUAGUCCGCACAUACUGCGAUAUUUGGAUGAUUCAAAACGGAACAGUUAUUGAAAGUGCCAUCAUUGGUCGCAGCAGAAAAGAUUUCAAGAAAUACUUGUUCAACUUCAUUGCUGCCAUGCCUGCUAUCUCUUUAGUGAAUAAUUUUCUGAAGUAUGGAUUAAAUGAACUGAAACUUUGUUUUCGAGUAAGACUCACAAGAUACCUCUAUGAGGAAUACCUUAAAGGUUAUACAUACUACAAAAUGGGAAAUCUAGACAAUAGAAUAGCUAAUCCAGAUCAGCUGCUUACCCAGGAUGUAGAAAAAUUCUGUAACAGUGUAGUGGACCUAUACUCAAACCUUAGCAAGCCCUUUUUGGAUAUAGUUUUGUAUAUCUUCAAGCUAACAAGUGCAAUAGGAGCACAGGGUCCGGCUAGCAUGAUGGCAUACCUGAUUGUUUCAGGGUUUUUCCUAACACGCUUAAGGAGACCCAUUGGCAAGAUGACUAUUGUUGAACAAAAAUAUGAAGGAGAGUACAGAUACGUCAACUCGCGGCUUAUUACAAACAGUGAAGAAAUUGCUUUCUAUAAUGGAAACUUAAGGGAAAAACAGACUAUUCACAAAACCUUCCGUAAACUGGUGGAACACUUGCAUAACUUCAUCUUGUUCCGGUUCUCCAUGGGAUUCAUUGAUACUAUCAUCGCCAAAUACCUUGCCACUGUGGUUGGUUACCUGGUUGUUAGUCGUCCAUUUUUGAACUUGGCUGAUCCUCGCCAUCAAAAUAGUACCCAUGCAGAACUUCUAGAGGAUUAUUACCAAAGUGGAAGAAUGCUGCUAAGAAUGUCUCAAGCUUUGGGCAGAAUAGUCCUAGCAGGACGUGAAAUGACAAGAUUGGCUGGUUUCACAGCUCGAAUUACAGAAUUAAUGCAAGUUCUGAAGGACUUGAACAGUGGCAAAUAUCAGCGUACUAUGGUAUCACAAGAAAAGGAUGCAGAUAAGACACAAGCUUUGACUCUGAUUCCUGGCUCUGGAGAAAUUAUCAACACUGAUAACCUUAUCAAGUUUGAUCACGUUCCACUGGUGACACCUAAUGGAGAUGUUUUGAUUCAAGACCUUAAUUUUGAGGUUCGAUCUGGUGCAAAUGUUCUGAUUUGUGGGCCGAAUGGGUGUGGGAAAAGCUCACUUUUUCGUGUCCUUGGUGAGUUGUGGCCUUUAUUUGGUGGACGUCUGACUAAGCCUGUAAGAGGAAAGUUAUUUUAUGUUCCUCAGAGACCAUAUAUGACUCUUGGAACACUCAGAGAUCAAGUCAUAUAUCCAGAUACUUUAGAAGAUCAGCGAAAGAAAGGGAUUUCUGACCAGGUGCUGAAGGAGUAUUUGGAUAAUGUCCAGCUGGGUCAAAUCUUGGAACGCGAAGGAGGCUGGGACAGUGUUCAGGACUGGAUGGAUGUUCUCAGCGGGGGAGAGAAACAGAGGAUGGCAAUGGCAAGGUUAUUUUAUCAUAAACCCCAGUUUGCAAUUCUGGAUGAGUGCACUAGUGCUGUUAGCGUGGAUGUAGAAGGCUACAUUUACAGCCAUUGCCGUAAGGUUGGCAUCACUCUCUUCACUGUCUCCCACAGAAAGUCUCUCUGGAAACAUCAUGAUUUCUACUUGCACAUGGAUGGUAGAGGAAACUAUGAGUUUAAGAAGAUAACUGAAGACACAGUUGAAUUUGGAUCCUAAAAUUCAUCAACUGCACUGCUAUAGAGACUGUUAAUUACAGGAAAUAUGUGGAAUGGCAGAUAUUGUACAAUAAAACUAUUCAGCUUGUUUUUUAAACAAAUUAACUAGGAUAACCCAAAACAAGCUGCUAAGCAUUUACUAUUGUGUAGGAUAUUGCUAAUUGUGUAUAUGUUGGUUUAAUUAUUAAUAUGUACUAAGAAUGUCCUUAUUCUUGUGGUUUAAAAACCUGCCUAAAUUAAAUUGGGCUUAAAUCGGUGUAACCUGAUUCAUCUUGGGAUGCAAACCAUUUGAAAUCAGCUGAUUUGACUUUUGUAGACCUUCCUUCCCUUCCAUGAAAAGCCCUGUUAAAGUUAGGGUUGCUACCUCUGUUACUCCUGCAAACCAGGCUUGGAUUCUUGCUCUGUUCUAUGCAUAUUUCUGAGUUAUCUUACAUGGUGCAGGACAGUCUCCCAUCUUCAGAUCUGUGCCCUACUAGCUUGAUGAAAGAGCCUUUUCCUUCACCAACCCUUGUAGCCAAUAUGCCCUUGUUGGUAAAGAAUGAACUGAACGUGAAAGAUGAGACUAAUUCCCUCGGAUAAAAAACUAAGCUUGUUCCCUGGUGGAUUUUGUUUAAGUUCUCUUUAGCUUUUGUCUGUGUAUAGGAUUGUCUGCUGUUCACCUCUUUCUUUCCCAGCUUAGAAAGAGCUUUCUCCUUCUGCCAUCUCAACCAUCUCCUCUCAGAAGAAUACUGUGAUAAUGAAGAGUUGAGAGUUGGUUGAGGGAGGAAACAGUUGGCAGGGAAGGUGGGGGAGAGAAGGAGGGGGGGAAAAAAUAGUGAAGUUGCGUUGUUGUGUGCACCAAUAUGGAUCUUUGAAUAUUUUUUACUGGAGGUUGUUCGUGUUUUCAACUCUGAAGAAAUGAAUGGCGCUCUCAAGUAAUAGUGGAGGAAGGAGCACUGGAUCACUCAUUAUCUUGAAGGUGGUAGGAGUUAGAAUGAACUCAGAAAUACAUGCUGAAAUUGUCUGUCUUUGGAAAAUGAUGUAGGUCUGUUAAAUAGCAGACUGAUACUCGCAGCAGUUGCUUUUUUCAAAGUUACUUAAUUUCUCCCUCUCAUUAGUUGCUGCUUUUAUUCAUUAGCAGUUUUAGCUGCUGUCCAAAUCUGAGUUUGAAAGUAAGUGGUGAUGGUGCUUUGUUUUUACUCCUUUGCAAGCCCAAAAUGAUGCAUUUUAUCCUUAUUUCUGUCCGAAGGAUUCUGGAUUUCUUAUACCAGGCAUUGACCAGUGAUUGCCCAUUUCCUAUAGAAAAACCUGUUGGUUUUCUUACUCCAGAUGCCAAAUCUCAUUAAUACAGCAAAACUUAAAAUAGUUUACUGUAACCAAUUUUUCAUAUAAAAGAUUAUUAUGGCUACAAUAUCACAUUGAAAAGCACAAAUACAACAAAACUAUCUCAGUAUGAGAUUAUGAGGAGAUAUAUCAAACUAAACUGUUUGGGCUCUAAAGAAAAAAUCUGUUGUACAGUGAAGGUCUAGUACUCAUUGAGUGUUCUACAUAAGAUUCAACAUAGGAAUGCACUACAUGAAGGCAUGCAUAAAAUAUGCAAUAUAUGUGCUCUGUGCAUCUUUUAUCAAGAGUUAAGAUUUAAAAAAUCUUUUUGUACUUGGAUUCACUGCUGCCCAUUAAUAUUUAG